AUGCCCUUUAAUAAUCAAGCGUUGUCAUCUCUAGUAUUAGGCUUAGUUAAGUAUCGUGAGAAGGCCGUCGUUUGGUCGCGAGCAAAGGUACCUAGGUAUUGCAUAAUCAAUGGUCGAACAGCAGGGGAAGUUAUUCUGUGGCAAACCAUCGUGAUUAUAAAUCAACCUACAGCGUCGCUCUUAACGGACAGCGAUGAUAUUUGGAAUCAUCAAAUUCUCAUUCAACUCGAAGAUAUCUAA